UUGCCCCUGCAUCACCCAGUCGAGAGCCUUCAUCACCGUCACUGUGUUUACCUGUUUCAUUAUUAAUAAACUGUCAUCAUCCUGCAUUUGCUUCCUCCACUCUUUUCACGUUACAGAACUAUCGGACCGUAAUGGAAGCAGCAGGCACCUCACAACCCACGAUGGAAGAUUAUCUCCAGGAUUGUAUCUCUCGGCUGGAGAAACAGGAAAAGAGCACGAGCGAUUCCGGUCAGGCUAUCCGUGCUCUUGUGGUGCAGGUGUCCGAGCUGACUCAGCGUAUGCAACAGUUGCAACUUCCCGCUGCGCCAGUCACGCCGCCCACGCCGCCCGCCCCUCUCGCAGCACUCGGACCAUCUGCUGCGGCUCAACAGCUGGAGCCCCGCCUUCCCCCGCCGGAGGUCUAUAGUGGUGAGCCGAAUUUCUGCCGAGCUUUCCUCACUAAAUGCUCGAUGCAUUUUGCGUUACAACCUCGCACAUUCGGUAGUGAGGAAAGCAAGGUGGCGUUCGUGCUCACCCUAUUGACGGGGAGGGCGGCGCUUUGGGGCACGGCGGUGUGGGAAAAUCAAGAUCCCUGUUGUGCCUCAUUCUCGACACUCUCGGCCGAAAUGAAGAGGGUGUUUGGCCGCGCGGACUUUGAUGGAUCUCCGACAGGGGGAGAGAUCCGUCUCUGACUAUUCAAUCGAGUUUCGCACCCUCGCGGCAGAGUGUCAAUGGAAUGAGGAGGUGCAGUGGGAUAUGUUCCUGCAUGGGCUGGCUGAUCGCGUUCAAAAGGAGAUCUACGCCCUGGAUCUACCCGCUAACCUCAAUGGACUCAUCGACCUUGCUUUGCGGGUAGACUCUCGUCUCUCUCGGGCCGAGCGG